CUGCAUUUCAUCUCAAGCCUCGUUUCCACUUCAUUGACCCGUCUCCUUUGCUUGUCAGUACCAUAAAAGAAGCCGCGCCAUGGCGCCAUCUAAGCGCUCGGCACCAAAUGAUAGCGACGACGAUAGUGACGAUGAUAAACGUCGUGCGCGACACUCAUCAUCUACACCUCAGGGCUCUGCGAAUAAGCGGAGGCGAACUAGUGACGAGUCUUCCCUAGCUCGCGACCGCGGUGCCUCCAGCGACCCAAAUGAAGCGAGCACCCCGCCAUCUGACUUUGGUUCUGACGAUGGCGAAGAAAAUGAGGAGGCCGACUUCGCUGCAACGCAGGCUAUUGAAGAGAGGAAACAUUCAAGAAAAGAUCAGAACAACGAGCCUGCUCUGCAUGGCAUUUUGGAAGAAGUCGAACUCGAGAAUUUCAUGUGUCACGACUUCUACAAAUUCGAACUGGGACCGUUGAUCAAUUUCAUCUGCGGGAAGAACGGCAGUGGUAAGAGUGCAAUCUUAACUGCGAUUGUGCUUUGUCUUGGGGGAAAGGCUUCCGCUACGAACCGUGGUGCCCGCCUUCAGAACUUUAUCAAGGAAGGUCGUGACCAUGCCAGGAUCGUCUGUAAGAUCAAAAAUCAGGGCGAUUCAGCUUACAUGCCGGACUUGUACGGAAGCACUAUCCAAGUCGAACGACACUUCUCCCGGACGGGCGGCAGCGGGUUCAAAUUGAAGUCCGAGAGGGGGCGUAUCAUCUCGACCAGAAAAUCGGACCUCGAGGACAUUUGUGAUCAUAUGAUCCUACAGAUGGAAAAUCCUAUGACGGUCCUCUCUCAAGACCAGGCUCGACAAUUCAUCUCGUCUUCGAGUUCGGCUGAGAAGUACAAGCUUUUCAUGAAGGGUGUGCAUCUGGAGCAGCUUGACCAGGAUUACCGCAUCAUCGAAGAACAACAGGAGAAUAUACGAGCAAAAAUCGAGACAAUGCGUCCAGACCUGAAGGAUUUACAAAAGAAGCAUGAAAGUGCAAAGAACAAGCAAGAACUAUCUCGAAAAUAUGACUCCAUGCUCGACAAGUUGCGGGACUAUCGACGACAGCUCGCUUGGGCACAGGUGGCGGCCAAAGAGGCUGUAAGGGAAGAAUAUGUUGAGCAAGUCCGGGAAGCAGAUACCAAAAUCCAGGAAGCGGAGGCCCAUCUUGCCGACAUUGAUGCUGUAUUUCAGGAGUCCGACAGAGCUGCAUCGACUGCAGUUGAGGCUUAUAAUGCAGCCAGACUGGCCGUUGAUCGAUUACAGGAAGAAAAGGAGGAGGAGAAGAAAGGCCGGCAUGACGAGAUCAAGAAAGAGACUUCCGAAGCUCAGGCUGAGCAGCGAACUAUUCAUGCCGCCCUGCGGGAGGCCCAAGAAACGAUCCAAGCCAAAACCCAAGCCAUUGAAGAGGAAGAGCAAAGACUGGCCGAGCUCAGUGGAGGCGGUGCAGCGCGGCGCAUAGCUGAACUACACAAAGCUGAAGAGGCUCUCGUCAAAGCGCAGAAUGUCGAGCGCGACCACCACGAUCAGAAAAAAGCCCGAGUGGACGACAUCAAGCGUAUGGAAAGUUUGGAAAAAGAAGCACAAGAAGUAGCAGCUUCUCACCGAGAGCGACUCGGACAACAAAAGAAAAACCUCGAACAGCUGAAACGAAACCGUCAAAACGCUGAUCUGGCUUUCCAUAACAACAUGCCAGCUCUGCUCAAGGCAUUGGAAAGAGCAACCGACUUUCAAGAGCGGCCAAUUGGACCUCUAGGGAAGCAUGUCAGACUUACCAAGCCGAAUUGGUCGUCCAUCAUUGAGAAGUCCUUUGGCAGUGCGCUCAAUGCAUUCAUCGUGACCAGCAAACGCGACGAGAAACUGUUAAGCAAUAUCAUGCGGCAAACGAAGGUUCAGCUACCCAUCUUCAUUGUCAACAAGCAGCCGAUAGAUAUACAGGCUCAUGAGCCUGAUUCACGCUUUGACACAAUCUUGAGGGUCCUAGAGAUUGACGAUGAGCUGGUGAGGAAGCAACUCGUCAUCGCCCAUCAGAUUGAGCAAAGCAUACUGAUUGAGGACUUGACGGAAGCCUCGGAGACGCUCUUUGGUGGAAGACCCCUGGAGAAAGUCAAAAGAUGCUACUGCUUCAGCGCAGGCAGUCGUCUGAGAGGCGCAUGCUUGUUCUACCGCGGUACGAAUGCGGCCCAGGAUCCGGUGCACGAGUUUCAAGGCACUCCAAGGAUGAAAUCAGAGAUUGAAGAUUCAAUUCGUCGACAACAGGAGGCAAUCGCGGAGAUGAGCGAGGAGCAACGUCGUCUCGAUGACGAGUGUAACAAUGCUCGUGAUCGACACGAGAAGGCAAAGCAGGCUCUUGUACGUCAUGAAAGAGCAGUGAGAACAUUCACGAUUGCAGUGCAGACGGCGGAAGAUGAAGUCGAGCGCUUGAGAGACGAGAUCAGGCAAGACAACGUCGAAGGUGGCGCCCUGGCAGUUUUAAAGGAAGCCUUAAAGACCGCCGAGGAGCAGCAGACACUGCAUGAGAGUUCCUUCCAAGACUCUGUGAACAACCUUGAUGAGUUGAAAGCCAAGUUGAGAGAGUCGAAUCGUAAACUGCGAGAGUUCGACGACCGUAUUGCAGAAGCUAACGAGGCUGCUGAUGAACUGCAAGCCCGUGCACAGGAGGCCGGACAAAAGCGGGCAUACGAUUUGAACGAGAAAAAUGCGGCUAGCUCCCGCGUGGAGGACGGCAAAUCUGAUCGUGAAAGACUUGUGAGCAACCUGGCAGAACUCGAUGAACAGAUUGCAGCCUUUGCAGAACAGGCUCGCAAUGUUUCAGAACGGGUCAACAUCCCCGACGGCGAGACUUACGAGAGCCUCGAGAAGAAGUACAAGAGGCUGUCCGACGACUAUCGCAAAUAUCAUGACCGGAUCGGCGACAGAGAGAAGAUAGCUGCAGAGGCUACCAAGUGGAAGAAAGCCUACGACACUGCCCAGAAGGAAAUGCAGAGCCUGGAAAACCUGCGCGACAAGCUCAAUGAGACGAUGAUGCAGCGAAAAUUCCGGUGGAAGCAAUUCCGAAGCUUCAUUUCUGCCCACGCAAAGGCUCAAUUUGGUUACAUGCUCAGCGAGAGAGGGUUCCGCGGCAGAUUGGUCAUGGACCACCGUCAGAAGCUAAUGGAUCUAAAGGUUGAACCGGACAUUACCAGGCGUGAUGGUUCGGGAAGAAGCGCCCGGACCUUGUCUGGCGGUGAAAAGUCGUUCUCACAGAUAUGCCUCUUGCUCGCCAUUUGGGAAGCCAUGGGUGCGCCAAUCAGGUGUCUGGACGAGUUCGACGUCUUUAUGGACGCGGUGAACAGGACCGUCAGUGUCAACUUGCUGAUCGAGGGUGCUCGACAAAGUAUUGGGCGCCAAUUCAUCUUGAUCAGCCCCGGAACAAAAUCCGAUAUCAAGAGAGCUCCCGAUGUCAAAGCUCACGAGGUUGCUGCACCAGAGAGAGGUCAAACAAGACUUGUGCUAGCUUCAGCUUAGAAGACGAUUGUGGCCGACGACUUCUGCAGAUAUCCUCAAGGCUAGGAAGCCUGACGCACCGGGCUUGCCUGGACAGACGACCAGAAAUGUUGGACAUGCGCGUGCCGGUUUCGGAAAUGCGCUUUCACACGUCGUUGCUCGUUGGCCUCAACAAUUGUCAACAUCCAAAGCAUCCAAAGUGACCGUCUGCCUGCAUGUUCAAUCCCGAUCGUCCAACGUCGGUGGUUCGGACACGGCGCACAAUCUUCGAGCUGAGCUUAUCGCUCCCAGUUUCGUAUGCAACAAUCGCUAGACUUAAUCCAACUUUGUGCAACCACAUGUAUUCCGCCGAUCCUUGCCGCAUCUGAGUCUCCUAUCACUAUGGGCAUGCCAGCUGUUUCAACCUUGGUCCUACCAUGAACGCGAGGAUCUGGAUAUGUUGGUGGAACCGGGUAUGGCCUUUUCUGCUGUGGUCUUGCCUUAUUCAGCGCUGUGCCGACCUCACAGUCUGCUGCUCUUUGUUGGGAAGGGACCGCCAUAUGCACGCUGGCUACUGCUUUCUGCACUUGAAGUCAAGGUAAUAAGUCCGGCUUCGUGUACCUCCUGUGAGAAUUUGCAGGUUAUGGCCCGCAUCUUCGACAGCAGACUAUACAUUCGAAUUAUCGAUAUGCCAGAGGAAGUCGUUCCUUGCUCAGAUUCAAACUCACGGCCGACAACAGAGCCAGUCCAUGCCGUUUCGAAAUCUUCGGCUACCACCGACAUCAUGGGCAUGAGAGUUUUGAAGAUGAAUUUGCACCAGGCAGCCGGCAAUUACUUUGGGCCCAGCAAGACCAGAAACUGCGGUUGUGUGCCGCCGUGCCUCAGAGGGAGGUUUGUCUGCCCAUUAGUACCGCCAGAGGGACUCACCCAGGCUGAUUUGUGUUAGCUGUCCUUGUAAAGGCCCUCGUGGACCGGGUGCGUGCCCUAGCAGCUGCGUCUGUCCAUGCAAUUGAUGCCUAUGAGGAAGUGGAGGUGCAAGGAUAAUGCUGCUUGCAUUAGAUGGCGGUUGGAUCUGGCUAAGGUCGCGAUGAGUGACGGGCUUGCAAGACGUCGCUGGUCUCUUUUCAAUAGGGGUAGAAUGGUCCAAGAUAUCAAUUGAGCGGCGAAAGCGAUUCUCAUGAAGUUGACUAGUAGCAUGACAAUGAAAGGCCUCGAAGCACCUGGC